AUGGCACAACUUGCUAGCCGUGAGGGUGCCGCAGACAACCAAAACAUCGGCGAUCUCCUCAAGAUCCCCGAUGGUUCCUUGUCCGACGUUGGCAAGGAUGUCAAGGGCAUCCUCACCGGUUCCGGAUCGCCAACUACAUCCGACGCUGCCAGUGGUAAUCUUCCUGAUCUCGGAAGCUCCGAUUGCAAUGCGGACAAGUGCUGUGUCUGGCAACACGUGGCUGCCGACCUGAUGCCCACUUUCCGUGACGACAAUGGUUGCACCGACCCUGCCCGCGCCGCAAUCCGCCUUGGAUUCCACGAUGCUGCCGGAUGGAGCUUGAACACCGGCGACCUCGGCGGUGCUGAUGGCUCCAUCGUCCUCGCUCCGGAAGAGAUCGGACGCCCUCUAAACAAAGGCUUGGAGGAGAUUGUGUCGCAGAUGAAGACGUGGUUCGACAAAUACAAGGAUCAUGGUGCCGGCAUGGCAGACUUGAUCCAAUUCGCCGCCAACACAGCGACAGUGGCAUGCCCUGGUGGACCGAGAAUCAAGACUUUCGUCGGUCGCAAGGACUCGUCCGUCGCUGCUCCCGAUGGUCUGCUUCCAGACCCGAAGGACCCUGCUGACAAGUUGAUCGAGCUGUUCGGCAACAAGACAAUCUCUGCCCCCGGUCUUGCUGCCCUCGUUGGUGCGCACACCGCAAGCCGUCAACGCUUCUUCGACACAUCCAAGGUCAACGCCCCUCAGGACACCACACCUAAUGUCUGGGAUGUCGAUUUCUAUGGACAAACUUUGGCUGGAGCUCCUGCCGAGGUUGUGACCUUCCCCAGUGACACCGUUCUUUCUAAGGAUCCCCGCUCGGCCCCGGCCUUCCAGGCUUUCGCCAAUAAUGCACCGCUCUGGGGUGGAGCAUAUGCCAAGCAGUAUCUCCGCCUCAGUCUCCUUGGUGUCUUCAACAUCAAUGACUUGACUGAUUGCAGCAAGGCGCUUCCCGCCGGCACUGGUGUCAAGAGAUAG